AUAGAAAUUUCCACUACAAUGAAAUGUAAAGCAAAAAGCAAGACAAAAUUUUGCCGGCUUUAACUCUACAAGAAUUCUUCAACUCAAGAAGCUUUUGCCAUUCUUCUCUGUACGGAUCGAUCAAUUUCAAUUUUUAGGGCCAAACUGUUCUCUGAAAUACACUCACUCUGUGUAUUCCACUCUCAGAGACUCCUUACGAAGGCAUGAUGAGUAAGUUGAUGGCAGACAAGAGCUCAAGGUUAGCAAGGUUGGUAGAAGAAAGAGCAUUGUCAAAAAUGGAGGAGAAAAAGAAGCAACAAGAGAAUCUUGUACCCUAUAUUCCACCCUAUCUUCCAAAAGAAUGUAUCUACAGUAUCCUUGUGCAACUACCUCCUGAAGCUCUUCAAAGGUUGAGGUUUGUUUGUAAACCAUGGUAUAAGAUGGUUAACAGCUCUAUUUUCAUUGAUGACCACCUCCGUCGCGCUGAAACUGUUUUCAUCUUUCUAACUAGAGCUGUAAAAGGAAAUCUUUGCCCUUAUUCUAUGCCUACAAUCCCUCAAGAAAAAUCGAACACUUUCUCUGUUGAAGAAAACCUUUUUCAAUCACAAUCCCUACCUCUAUUUCAGCGACCACAGAGACAGCCGAUGUUGGAGUUCUACAUUCAAUUCAUGGAAAUAAAAAAUGGCAAGAGCAAGAUACGAGAGUUUAAUGUGACUUGUUUGGGAAAAAUUAGAGCUACUUGCAAUGGUUUAAUUCUGCUUGAUAACAAAAUGAACAAAGGAGGGUUGAUUGUCCUGAAUCCUGUGACUAAGAAGCUGAUUGCACUUCCUUUAGGUACUAUAUAUCCUCCACACAGUGAAUCUUUUGGGUUAGUAUUAUGCAAUUAUACAAGUGAAUAUAAAUUGAUACACUUAUUUGAGGAUGAAAUGCGGUACAUUGGUUGUGAAAUUUUAAUUCUUGGGACAAGAUCAUGGAGGAUGGUGGAUGGACCUCCUUUUGGACUUUUUAGUUGGUUAGGGUGCAACCCAAUUUCUGCAAUUGGAGCUUUGCAUUGGAUUCCUGACAUUGAUCGAAGUGAUUACCUAGUAUCUAUGUCAACGGACGAUGAAAAAUUCCACAAGACACCUCUCCCGAAAAGUUGUAGAAGUUACGAUGGGAUUGUUGAAAUGGGCGGGCUUCUUUCUUUUAUGACUCAUGAAGAAACAGGUCAAAUUGAUAUUUGGAUCUUGAGGGGUUUAAAUGGGGAAGAUUGGAUAAAGCAACAUAGUAUUACUGUUGGUUGCUCAAUGGAAAUGAUUCCUCUUUAUUGUUCAAGAGUUAAGGGUGAAGUAAUUUUCAAGGACAAAGAUGGCUCUAUGUAUGCUUAUGAUUUCGAACAUAUGAAAAAGGUUGACAUCGAAAAGGGGUUUCCGAUCAAUGGCUGCUACCUGCCUCACGUCAACAGCCUUGUGUCAUGGCAGAUUGAGGACAAAGAUCUGGAUGUGGGUUACUAGUGCAUCUUUUCCUUGAGUAUUGGUAAAAACAAACCUUUCAUUUAGUGUUGGACCUCUUUUUCCAUGUAAGUACCGACUUCUUUGUCUUUUAAUAAUGCGUUUAUAGUGUGUGUUUACUUGUGUAUUUGUAACUAGUGAACUGCUUAUGACAUUUUAUUGUUUACUAUUUCUGUA